CAACUUCCUCCAACCCACGUCAGCCCCCACCUUAACCUCAAAAUAUGCCUCCCGAUCCGACCAUAGACGACGAAGAGUACGAGUCCUCCCAGGACUCGGACUUUGCGCCUGAAGACGCAGCCGCAGCCGACGAUGGCGCCUCCGAAGCGUCCGAUUCCGAGGCCGACGACGGCGAAGACGCAGCAAAGACAACGACCAAGCGCAAGCGCGAUGCCGGCGGCGACGAGGCUGCAGACUUUGAAAACUCGGGUGAUGAGGCCCUGAUUAAGAAGGCAGCGAAGAAGAAGCUCAAAAAGGCAGCGAGGGAUGCGGCCGCUGCCCUGGCCCUAGGCGAGGAUGACGAGGGAGGCGAAGGAGGGUUGGUGAAGACGCGGAGUAUGCGGGCUGCAGAAAAAGAAGAGCGCAAAGUCGCGGCCGCAUCUGGCCCUGUAACGGUCGACGUCGAUGCCCUUUGGGCACAAAUGCUCUCCGGUCAGAAGGCGACAGUAGCACCAACCGGCGAGAACGAAACCGGAGGCGGAGGAGAAGCCGAUGCCACGCCCAUUGCCGCGGCACCUGACACGAGCAAGCCAGACGAAGCCCAGGCAGGCGACCCAUCAGACACGAUCCGCAUCAAGCGAACCUACAACUUUGCGGGUAAAGUCCACACCGAAGAAAAAGUCGUAGCACGCUCCUCAGCCGAGGCAAAGCUCUAUCUCGCCUCCCUCGGCAAGGACGCCGCCGCCGCGGAAGCCGCGGGUGCAGACGCCGACAACGAGGACGGCGAACCGAAACGCGUCCUCAAGAAGGCGUUCCGCUCGGCCUUUGAGCCCGUCAUUGAGAUUGUCAGCCAGCGCUCGGAUCUGAACCUCGGCAUGACGGUGCGGAUCAAGGCGAGGGAGAAGGAGGCGCAGGCCAAGAAGCUCAACACCGUGCAGAAGAGCAAGAUGGACUGGGCCGGGUUCGUUGACAAGGAAGGGCUCAAGGACGAGCUCGAGCUGGCGGGCAGGGCCAAGGGGUCGUACGCCGAGAGGCAGGAUUUCCUGGCGCGCAGCGAGGCCAAGAGGGAAGACGACGCGCGGCGGGCGAGGAUGGCUGGCCGUGUGCAGUGAAGUUUCUUUUGCGUUGUCAUGUUGUUGUUCAUCACUCUACGUGGCUUCACAGGGAUCUUGGGUAUUGGAUACGGUUCGGCGUUUUAUUCAUGGAGAUAACAAAAGAGAUACCCCCUAAACAAAUUACAGACAUAACUUAUACAAG